AUGCGCGUGGUUGUCUUCGGCGCAACAGGCGGACAGGGCAUCGCCCAAAUCUCAGCUCUCAAGGCGGCAAACCACUAUCCCAUCGCUGUGAGCCGGCAACCCCGCAUUACUUCGCCGCCCGUCGAGACCCGUAUCGCAGAGCUCACCGACCGGUCCGCCGUCCGUGCUGCUCUGUCCGGUGCAGAAGCAGUCUUGUUGAACUUGCCUUCCUUUCAGCCAGCUGAUUUCCUCUAUGCCGCCGCGAGGACUAUUGGGGCCGAGGCCGCUGCGCAGUCGUCGACUCUAAAGAUCAUCGUGUUCAACACGAGCUUCCCCGUCCCCGAGAAGAAUGUCGGCAUUGAAGCUCAGGAGCAUCGUCGGGAGACACGCCGAAUUUUGCGGGAGGAGGUCAAAGGCAGCGGCGUAGCACUCGUUUCGAUACAACCCGGCGUUUUCCUUGAUAACCUACUAGAAGGCUGGACUUUGCCGCGCCUUAGAGACGAGGGGCGGAUAGUCUACUGCCAUAAACCCGACCUCGAGGUGUCGUGGAUUUCUCUCGAUAAUCUGGCGCUCCUGAUGGUUGCGGCCUUGGCACGGGACCCGGCGGAGCUCGAUGGACGGAACAUAGUCGUCGGUGGCCCGGAGACGGUAAAAUUGUCCCAACUCGCCGAGAAGUUGGGCCGUGCGUGGGGCCGAGAGGUUGGGUUUGAAAACCAGACGGUGGACCAAUUUUCUGAGGAAAUGGCUGCGGCAUUGAAGUCUCAGAUGCAAUCCGGUAAAGAAUUGGAAGUCGUCGUGGACGAGACGAGAAGGGCUUACACAUGGUACAAUGAUGCCGAGGAGAAGCCCUUCAAGGUGGAUAUGGCGCCUGUGUUGGAGGAGCUGAAGGUUUGCUUGACGGGGAUUGAGGACUGGGGGAGACUCAAGGGCUGCCCCAUAGAGACCAAAUAA